AUGACUGAAGAAGAUCCUUCUCGGGAUUACUGCUUUGUUCAGGCCUCAAUUGCACAAUCUUUCGCACAGGCCGUCCUCGAAGGAAACGGUGUCUCCGCCGAACAUGCCGCAACAAUAGCCCGUGGUCUAGUCGCAGCGGAUCUCCGAGGCGUCGAUUCUCACGGCAUCAAUCGACUCCCGUCAUACUGCGAACGCAUCCGCAAAGGAGUCCUAGAUGCCAAAGCGGAGCCAACCCUCCACGAAGUCACGCCAGUAGUGGCCCAGGUCGACGCGCACAAUGCUUUCGGUUUUGUCGCCGCACAUAUGGCUAUGGAAAAGGCCGUUGCCAUGGCCCUAAUCUACGGCAUAGGGAUGGUGAGCGUCAAGCACAGCAAUCACUUUGGCAUGUCGGCUUGGAUCGUGCAGCAGGCCAUCGAUGCGGGGAUGAUGAGUUUGGUCUUCACCAACAGCUCUCCCGCGUUGCCUGUAUGGGGUGGCAGAGACAAGCUGAUGGGAGUCUCGCCUAUAGCGUGUGGGGCGCCUGGCGGGAAGGCUAAGCCUUUCAUCCUCGACAUGGCUCCGUCGGUGGCGGCCAGAGGCAAAAUCUACAAAGCACAGCGGCGAGGAGAGAAGAUUCCGGAGGAUUGGGCGUUAGAUGCCGAAGGGCGUCCAACGACCGACCCUGCUGCCGCACUUCAAGGCGUUAUGCUACCCAUGGGCGGACCCAAAGGCUCAGCGCUGGCAAUCAUGAUGGACCUCUUUUCCGGAGUGCUUUCGGGCAGUGCUUUUGCAGGUCACGUUACCAAUCCAUACGAUCCCAGCAAACCGGCAGACGUGGGACACUUUCUUGUGGCAAUCAAGCCCGAUCUUUUCAUGGGGUUGGAAGAGUUCAAAGAGAGGGUGGACUAUUUGUAUCAACGAUGCGUUGGGUGCGAGAAGAUGGCCGGCGUCGAUCGAAUCUAUUUUCCUGGAGAAAUUGAACAGUUGACGGAAGAGAAGAGGCUGAAAGAGGGAAUUCCGUUCGUGGAAGCGGAACUUGAAGCCUUGAAUCACGAGGCUCGAAAGGUUGCUCCCCAACUCGGCCAACUUGCUACAGCUGCAAAUCCUUACGGCCGUAAGCCUUCCCCUUCAGGCUGGACGGUCCAGCUAGCGUCGAGACCAGGAUGCACUGCAGAUGCACGAGAUGCGCGCCAAUCUCGAGAUCGCCGCGGAGCUAAGUGCGCGUACCAGCUAAGAUCAUCUGCUAUAAACACUCUCAUUCCACAUCGACUCCAUUCUGGCGAUCCGCAUCCGCGUUCCCUCGCAUACCACCAACCCCUCAACUCUACGAUGCGUUUCUUGCUCUCUACACUCUUGGGCCUUGUAUCGCUGGCAGCGCUCGCUUCAUCAAAUGUUACUGUCGAGUCGAGUGUCGAGUGUCACACUUUCUACGGAAGCAAGAGGACGACGUGGUGGCAUACUUCGCAGACGAGUUCGGAAUGUCACUCUGUUUCUACCUCUACAGUCACAAAGACCACGACACAAAGGAAGCCGGCAGUGACUACAACACACCUCACGACCAUAACCAUCGCCGCACCUGCAUUCACUAGCAUAACAACGACUACUGCGAGCGCUACCUCGAUCACAACCACCACCUCAGCGACCAUAACCACAAGCAGCGUUACUUCGACAUCGCUCGUUACAUAUUACGAGAUUAUGGGAACACUGCCGCCGAGCAAUGCUCCUGGUCGCCGUCGCACAGCGCCCCCAGCACCACAAACGUUGCAGCAGGAAUGCCAAUGCACGGUCUGGGAGUGGCACUGCACUCCCUGGGUUUCUACCAAGACAAAGACCCAGACUCACACCCAGGCUGCGUCGACCAACCACUCCUACGGUCACCAAAACUUAUACUGCAUGUUACCUGAGUCUGCGAGGUUCGGCUACGGCACAACUAUUCUGACGACUCUACAGGUAACGACGACUUCGACUUCGACAUCAACGGCUGUCAGCACAUCCGGCAGCAUCACGACAGUCUCUACUACGACAUUUACCGUGACCCGAGUUUUCUCCUCGUUUCUCAUCCUUGCAAGCAAUGACCCUGAGAUACCAGAUGGCUACACGCUGGGCGACAACAACGGCCAAAGCCAAUUCCAGAGCGGCAACACCGUCUGGGAACUCGAUCCGUCCAACGGCCAGCUGUACACGCCUUCCACGAACGCCGUCGCCAACGCUGCUGGUACUGGUGGACAACUCAGCUCCGUCUUCCUGUUACCAAAGUUCUUGCUCGGCAUGGAUGGAGAGCUUGGAGAUAUCUGUGAUUGCUCCAUUGACGGCCUCACGUUGGUGCUUCGCUGCAACUGUGAUGGCGAUACGGUCUUGCAAACCGAUGAUCAAGACUACCUCUACACUGCGGGCUCUCUGAAUAGCGGCUACGAUGCGGUGACCUUAGUGGUCCAGCCGCUGUUGAAUUGA